AUGGGCACGGAAAACUGCUCCGGUGUGACCGAGUUCAUCAUUCUCCUCGGAUUCGCAGAAGCCCCUGAGUUGAGAGUCGCCCUCUUCUCUGUGUUCCUUUUCAUCUAUGGAGUCACGGUGCUGGGCAACCUGGGCAUGAUGGCAGUGAUUCAGGUCAGCUGUCACCUUCACACUCCCAUGUACUUUUUCCUCAACCACUUGUCCUUUGUGGAUUUUUGCUACUCCACCGUCAUCGUGCCAAAGAUGCUAACUAAUACCUUAAACGAGGACAAAGCCAUUUCGUUCCUGGGGUGCACCGUGCAAUUCUACUUGUUUUGUACAUGUGUGGUAAGUGAGGUCUUUCUGUUGGCGGUCAUGGCCUAUGACCGCUUCGUGGCCAUCUGCAACCCACUGUUGUACACGGUCACCAUGUCCCGCAAUCUCUGUGUGGAGCUGGUGUCUUGUUGCUACCUGUGUGGGAUGGUGUGUUCUCUGAUCCACUUGUGUUUAGCUCUGGAGAUCCCAUCCUACACAUCAAAUGUGAUUGACCACUUCUUCUGCGAUCUGCCCCCUCUCUUAUCCCUUGCUUGCUCUGAUGUCACUAUGAAUGAACUGCUGCUGUACAUCGUGGCCACCUUCAAUGAGAUCACCACCAUCGUGAUCAUCCUCACCUCCUACUUGCUAAUUCUCAUCACCAUCCUGAGGAUGCACUCUGCCGAGGGAAGGCGCAAAGCCUUUUCCACCUGUGCCUCCCACCUCACAGCCAUCCUUGUCUUCCACGGAACAAUCCUUUUCACUUACUGCCGGCCCAGUUCUGGCAACAGUAUGGAUACUGACAAGGUGGCCACGGUGUUCUACACUGUAGUGAUUCCCAUGCUCAACCCCCUCAUCUAUAGCCUGCGGAACAAGGAUGUGAAGAAGCACUCAAGAAAGCUGGUAUCUUCAAUUAUCUUUGCUCUCUAUCUUUAUUACUCUUGUGUCACUCUGAGUCGGACAGAUGCUCAUGUGAAAGUUAUCACUGUCUACUUGGUACUAGGGCAUGGACACACUCCUGGAUAUCGUUAUCAUCUUCCCUGGAUUGAAUUUAAUAAAUCUGUAGGCAUGAGAAUUUCUCUAGCUAUGUUCUGUAGCUUGAAUUCCAGAAAAGGAAAACAGACAUCUGGAUCGACUCAGAAUUGCCAGGCUGCCAGAUUUAGAACCGUGAAGGAACGAGAUGGUGAGGAUACGGAGACUGUGGAAGGAAAUUCACUUAACACUUACAAUUUGAUUAUAAGGCACUAUCACUGUCAUGUCAUAGGUGAUGAACUGAAGCUCAGUGGUUAA